UUCGGAGUCGAGAGACUUAAGAGUGAGCGAGAGUAACUUUGUUUCGCUGUGUUUUUUUGCACAACAAUACGUGUGUUUACAUCACGAAUCGUAAUCAAUUACGUAUUAAUAGAUAUAUCAUACACGUAAUAAGAUAAGAGAAAGAGAGUGACGGGGAAAAAAGUGUAUUUACAGAUUGUACACGCCGGCUGUGUAUCCUAUCUCCAAUCCGCCAAGCGAGUGUGUAAAGUUCAGCUGCUUGUACUUAUGUUUUGCUGUUGAUGUCGGUUUCGUUUCGGUUAUGGUUCACUAUCAUUGUUGAUUGACUCGGAGUCGAAGCAAAGGUAGCUGAAAUAUAUAUUUUUUUGUUGAUGUAUUAACAUUAAAUAUCGAAAUGGAGGAUUGGAACAAGAUACUCAUUGGGCCAGCUGAAAUAAUCAAAGAUCGUUUCUACUUUGUAACUGUAACAUCGCCAGAAAAAGUUAAAAACACUCUCAACACUCACUAUUUUAGCAUCGACAAUGAGUUGGUCUAUGAAAAUUUCUACGCAGAUUUUGGACCACUUAAUCUUGCAAUGGUUUAUCGAUAUUGUUUGAAAAUAUUUAAAAAGCUAAAAACAGUAGCGUCGAAAAAAAAAAUUGUGCACUACACAACAAUAAACCCAGAAAAAAGAGUAAAUGCAGCAUUUCUUGUAGGUUGUUAUAGUAUCAUUUAUUUGAAGAAAACAGCUGAUGAAGCCUACAAAAGUCUAACUGCUAGUCCAAACUGUCCACCCUUUGAAAUGUUUCGUGACGCCUCUAUAAGAAAACCUUUUUAUGAAAUAUCUUUGAAGGAUUGCUUGAGUGCUAUUUUCAAGUGCCACGAGUUAGGUUUUUUUAAUUUUGAUGACUUUAAUCUUACGGAGUACGAAUAUUUCGAGCGUGUAGAAAACGGAGACCUCAAUUGGAUAGUUCCCGGUAAAUUUAUUGCCUUUUGCGGUCCUCAUUCGAAAAACGAAUAUGAUAAUGGCUACAUACUACACGCACCAGAGUCUUAUUUCAAGUACUUUAAACGUUACAAUGUAACGACCAUUGUGAGGCUCAAUAAAGAACGUUACGACGCUGCAAGUUUUAUAGAUGCGGGCUUUGAUCACAAAGAUCUAUUUUUUGUUGACGGAUCACCUCCAACUUGUGCCAUUUAUCGACAGUUCCUACGAAUUUCCGAAUCAACAAAGGGGGCCGUUGCCGUCCAUUGCAAAGCUGGACUUGGGAGGACUGGUACAUUGAUCGCCUGCUACAUGAUGAAACACUAUCAUUUAUCGGCGUUGGAGUCGAUUGCCUGGAUAAGGAUUUGCAGGCCUGGAUCUGUUAUUGGGCAUCAGCAACAGUGGUUACAAGACAAAGAAGAAUAUUUACAUUCUCUGGUAAAAGUGCCGUUGCGCUCUGAAAACGGCAAUCCCGUGCACAAAUAUGGUAUUUACUCAAAAUCCUUAUUGAAGCCUGAAGCACCCUUGGCUGGAUCAAGGAAUGCAAAUGUUUUGCAAGACAACGUAUCGGGGAUAAUGCAUCAGGUUCAUGGCAUGAGACUCGAAGAUAAUAUAAUUACUCAACUGCCGAAAACACCGGUCAAAGUAUCGAUUUUGACUCAAGGCGAUAAAUUAAAUCAAAUUAAAGCCAGGAGAACUUUAUCUCCUAACUCCAAUACAAGCAAAAAUUCGCCGAGUUCCAUACCUGUAAUGCAUCCGUACUUGGGACCACUAUUGCGGACGAGGAAUGAGAAGGGUUUUGGCUCUUUAGGAGGCAAGGACAAAGAUGGUACUAAACGCGUUAGUACACGAUCAGCCACGACGACCAUAAUUAAAAGAAACGAGCCAACGUCUUACCGACGCCACACAUCCGCGAAAUCAUCCCCAAAGCCGACUCUGACCCACAACAACACAAGUACCGCAACAAUCGGCAAUCGCAACAACACCAUGACUGACGCUACCACAACCACUUCAACUACAAUCACGACCUUGGCAACAUCUACAAGUACAACAACAACCAUAGCGGUUUCUUCCAAGCCGUCGGUGACAGUACCGCGAGGCAGCUACACGACUCUACCGGCAACGAGUACAGCUCGAUCGGCUCGCGCUAAUAAGCAAUCUCAGGCUACCAAUAAUGUUACACGUUACUGGUCACUCAGGCAAAAAAGCGCAGUGGAGGGCGAAAGAUCAAUAAGGUCGAGGCUGGCGACCAACGAUCAGCCGACGUCGACGAGAUCCGAGAGCGAGUCCAAAACGAAGCCUUCGCUGUCAAAACCGGCAACGACGCCACCGAAAACUCUCCCGUCCAAAUCGGCGACAACCACCACGACGACGAGAACGAGCCUGAGAACGAGCGUCCUGCGUUCGAGCGAUGCAGUUACCAGCGGCGUAGGUCCUUCCUUCUCUUUAUCGUCAACGAGCCCGCCGGCACUCCAGGAAACCGUGGCGUUUCGCGGCUCCACGUCCUCGAUUGGCCGACCAGGUCGACACCACCCGCUCAGGCAUGGCGUUGCCGCAGGGGAUGACGAUGAUGUUCCACAGCGGCAGCAGCAACAACGACAGCCACUGGUCGACAGUAGUGGCAACGGCAAAGGUGCCGGUGCUUCGACAACGACCAGCACCAAUUCGACAACGGGCCGCGCAGUCACGCUUCAGCGGCGCAAGUUACGCAGAUUCAAUCCCCUCGUCAAAUCAUAAAUACUCAAGUCCGAUGUCGUGUUAUUUUAAUCGACCUCUCUUGUACAGCCCUGACACGUUCAGACGAGCACUUAUGAUGAUUUUUGCUCAUCCAGGAGCAACGAAAAUAAUACAUUGAUACAAUGAUGGUCGGCGAGAUAUUGCUUUAAAUUGGCUCCAAUACAUUUAUACGUACAUACACACAAAAUAAUACUACAAAGAAAUCCAAUCGCGUCUCCGCGAGAUGGUUGUGUACAAUUAUGUGAAAAUAUAAGAAUCAACGGGAUGUGCUCGAUGAUUGUACCCAAACGCAGAUGAGGAGAAGAGUUUUAUACUUAUAUGCAAUGUGUAUAAAAUGAAGUAUGAACAUUCAAAUCAUGCAAUCUUGUUUAUAAUACAUACAUACGUUAAUAGAUUUUCGUGAUUGGAAGAAAAAGUAUUUAUGUGUACUUAUAUAUUUUUGU